AUGGUAAAGAAAAUUCCAGAAACAUUAGCCUUACAAGACCAUCCUCCUAAGAUAGCAGAUCUCAUCAUCGGAUGCCUGUACCUGGCCUGUUUCACAUUCGGCCUUCCCAACAACGUCUCAUCUCUCUGCUUCUUCGCAAGACGGUGUGCACGGAGCCGGCGCAGCGUCACCACCUACCUCUACAGCCUCACCUCGCUCCAGGACACCAUCAUCUCCAUCCUAGCGCUGUAUAGUGGUCUCAUCCUGCUGAGGGACAGAGACCCCUGGGACCCCACACUCUGCUCCGUUCAUUUCAUCCUCUUUGUGGUGUCGGAGAGGAUGUCUGUGUGUCUGGUGGCUCUCCUGUCGAUGAGCAGGACCUACACUCUUGUCUACCCAAUGAGAAGGAUUAAAGUUAAAUCAGUGCUGAUUUGGCUGGCAACAAUAUGGGUGCUUGUAGCAUCUACCAUAACGCUGCCAAUUUUGCUGGGAGCAGUCAAUAUAGAAUUUGAUAAAAAUACAGGCUACUGCCGUAUUGAAGCUAUAGACAGCAUCCUGAAAAGGGCACUGGUAUUGAUAAAUAUGCUGGCGAUAGCAACCCCGAUUAUACCGAUACUGGUAUCUUGUGUCAUGUCGAUAAAAAGGGUAAAGAAGUCACAGAGAACAAAGUUUGGCUCAAUAAAACUGACAAAGAACUGCCGGAAAAAGAUCAGGAAGACCAACCACCAGAUGACGAUGACGAUAAUCCUGGUAGCACUCCUGUUCGUCCUCCUGAAAACCCCCCUCCUCCUCAACUACUUCCUCUACCUCAUAACUGUCCUCUUCUUCUCCUCCAACACCGAGCUCUUCUUCUCCUCCUCCUUCAUGAAGUACUACUCCUGGAACAUAGCCUUCAUGCUCUGCACUGCUCUCAACACAUGCACUAACCCAGUCAUCUAUAUCACCCGCUUCAAGAGAUACAGGAAGUGGGUAAAGAAGUUGGUGCGCUGUAAAAGACAGAUUGGAGCGGAGUCCACUUUUACUGGAGCCUACUUCAUGAGUAGUAGGAUGUUUGAAUUAGGACACACAGAGUAUCGGAGUAACAUUAUCCAUUCUACAAUUGUAGAGGAAGUGCUCUGA